AUGAGUUUUAAAAAUAAUGAGAAAUAUAUGGAUGAAGAAAAUGACCAGGAGAGCGAUGAUGAAUUCUUUAAAAUAAAAAGGAAACCUCAAAUUAAUGUUGACGGUGAAGAAGAUGAUGAUAAUAACAAUAAUAAUAAUAAUAAUAAUAAUAAUAACAAUAGUAACAAUAUGAAUGAGUUUGAUCUAGAAGAAGAGGAUCCAGGUGAUUAUGAAGAUGAGAAUUAUAUUGUAGGGGAAACUAUAGAAAUUGAUGAAUCUAAAUUAGAAAAUGAAAAAAUCGAAGAAGAUAUAUUUAACGAGAAUAAUUUAUUACACGGAAUAAAAACAAGAGAAUUAUUAGAACAAGAAAUAUUAAUACUUUUUAGUAAUAUGCUAAAAAAAGAAACAAUAUUAUGUAAAGAUAUAAAAAGUUCUAGUAAUGAUCCUAUGGAUGAAAUAAGUUCGUUUAGAGAUGAAAUGGUUGAUGAUAAAGAAUUAAAAGAUUUUGAAAAGUCAAGUUUAAAAAUAAAGAAUAAAGAAGUAUAUAAUUUUAUAUAUAAUAAAAUGAAUUUACAUAUUAAAGAAAAUAAGAAAAAGGACGAAAAGGAGAAAAAGAAUAAAAUACAUAAUAAUGAUGAAAAUAAUAAUAUGAUAUAUUAUAAGAAUAUAGAUAAAACACAUUAUAUAUUAGAUAAUAAUGUUGUACAUAUAUUAAAUGAUAUUAAUACAUAUUUAAAAAGAGAAAGAGAAUAUAUGAAUAGAAAAUUUGGAACAUAUAUAGAUUCAACAUAUAAAAAUCCUAUGUAUGUAACAUUAUAUAUAUUUAAUAAUGAUAUAUUAAAAGAUAUUAUAUUACAAGUAAUAGAUAUUAUUAGAAAUGAUUUUGAUCAUGCUAUAUAUAAAGAUAUUGAUGAAAAUCAGUUAAUAAAAAAUUUAAUUAUUUUAAUAAAUCAUUUGACUACAAGACCCAGUAAAGAAUGGUUUGAUUAUUGGAAAAGACAUAUGCCUACAUUUAAUGAUAAGAAAAGUGAAUAUAAUGUAUAUAAAUAUUUACAAUUACAAAAAAGCGAUAGAAGAAUAUUAUAUGAUACCUUAAAAAAUGAUAUCUAUAUUAAAGAAUUACAAAAAAGAUCGGAUAUAUUAGAUCAAUAUCAAAAUGGAUUACAAAGUUUAAAAUGUUUACUAGCUAAUAAAAACUUCUUAACUAUGCUAAAUGAAUUCAGAUAUAAUAGCCAGUUAUUUAUUGAUGCUGAUUAUCGAGAAAUUGAAGAAAAUGAAAAAGUUAUGCAAAUGCAAAGGAGGGAAAAUGAAUUACUUGAGGAAAAAAAAAGACUAAAGCAAGAAUUAGAAUCUUACCAUGAUGAUUCUUCUACAGACGAUGACUCUAGUGCGGGGGAGCCACAGGUUGAACAAAGGAAGGUUCUUACGCAUAAUGACCAUAUAAAUAAAAAUGAUGAGAAUACAAAUAAAAAUGAUGACCAUACAAAUAAAAAGGAUGAACAUACAAAUAAAAAGGAUGAUCAUACAAAUAAAAAUGAUGAUAAUACAUAUAAUAGUAACGAGCAUGCACAUUUUAGUAAUGACCGUGCACAUUUUAGCAGUGAGGUAGACAAAACAAAUGAUUAUAAAUCGCAUUCAGAAAAGAAAAAGAAAAAUAAUGUGAUAAGGAGUAAAAUGCACAAUAUAAAGAAACGAAUAAGUAAGAUUAAUGAUGAGCUGCAUGAAUUAUCGAAUUUUUUUUUAUUAGAUAAAACUAAAAGAGAGAAAUUAAUGUUUGAAUAUAAUGAAAAUGUAUUUCUGGUUCGAAAUAUAUUAACACAAGUUUUAGGUAUACGAAAUAAAACAAAUAAUCGAGAUAUUAAUUUAAACAACGUUCAUUAUGCUAUAUUACAAAAUAUACUAGAUAAACAUGGUUGUCUUCAUUUAAUAAUUGAUGAGAUGAGAGAUUUAUUUGAAAAAGAGAUAAAAAAAUAUGAGGAAGAAUCAAAUAUAUAUAUACCAUAUAUUAAACAAAAUACUAUGAAGCAAAUAUGGGAAUACAUAAGAUUAUUUUAUAAUAUUAUAUGUUAUAUAGAUCCGAUAGACUUGGUGAAAUCAUUAACAUAUCAAAAAAGUACACACAUAAAAAAGGAAAAAAAGAAAACUAAAACGGAUAUGGAUAAUAACAAUAAUAAUGAUAAUAAUGAUAAUAAUAAUAAUAAUAAUGAUAAUAAUAAUAAUAAUAAUAAUAAUAAUAAUAAUAAUAAUAAUAAUAUAAUGAUGAAUCCAAAAUUUUUUAAUAAUUAUCAUAAUAAAAAACAUCUCAAUACUUGUGACAAUGUAAACAAUAUGAAGACAUAUAAUUUACCACAUUAUAAUAAAGACAUCAAUUUAAAAAAUGUAGGAAAAGAUAUCAACAAACGGAAAAGCACAGCACAACACCAAAAUAAAAGGAAAAGUAAUUAUAUAAAUAUAAAACAAAAAAAUUUAAUGAUCACACAUUUGUCAAGGAUCAAUCCUUUAUUAGCGAAAUCUAAAGUAAGGAAACCAAAUGAAGAAAAGCAUUUAAAAAAAAGGAAAAGGAAAUUUAUAGAAAGAAAAAAUUUAAUAGAUCAUUAUGAAAUAUUUUCAUUUGAAGAUUUUUCUUUUAAUAUGUUUUCUGAAGAUCGUUUAUUUAAUAAAUAUAAUAUAUUAGAUAUAUUUGAUUAUAGUAACUUGUAUAAAAUACAAGAUUUUUUAAAUAAUAUUAUAGGUAUAAAUGAAGAAUUUGAAAGUAUCUAUGAUAAUGAUGAUAAUUUCCAUUAUUCAUUAAAAGUAUUUUUAAAUAUAUGUAUAAAAGAUUUAAGAAGAUGUAUAAAUGAAUUUUAUAAUUAUCAAUGGGAUAUAAAAAUCAUAUUUAAUAUGCAUGCAUGGAUUGUAACAUAUUAUACCAAUUUAUAUAUAUACGAAAAUAGGAAAAGGUUUUAUAAUUCUAGAAAAAAAAAACAAAAUAAUAAGGAACAUCAAAUGAAUAGAGAUGAUGAAAGGAAAUCUACAAAAGAAUAUAUAAAUCAAAAUGAAUGUGAAAUUAAAUAUGAUCAUAAUAAUAAGAGGGAAGAUGAACAAAAAAAUCAUAAAUGUUGUGAUAAUAAUGUAUAUGAUAAUAAUGUAUAUGAUAAUAAUAUGUAUGAUAAUAAUAUAUAUGAUAAUAAUAUAUAUGAUAAUAAUGAUGAUUAUAAUGAUGUAAAUCAAAAUAACCAUUUUAAACAUAACAAUCAAAAUGAAAAUUCAUCAUUAUUUAUUUCUAGAAUUCAAAUGGUUUUAGGAUUACAAAUGUAUAUAGGAGAUAAUAGUAUCCACUCCGAAUUUUUAUGUGAUACCUUUCAACGCGUUAUAAGAGAAGAGAAAAUGAUGAAGAAUAGUAGUCAAGUCAUAUUAUGUUGUUUAAGAUGUUUAUAUUCCGAUCUUAAUUUAUUAGAUAUACAUUCUUUAUCUACAGAUGAAAAUGUAAAAUCUAUAUGUAAAACUUCUUUAGACAAUUUGCUCAAAAGAAAUAUUUUGACAACUUUAAGUUGGAUAUUACAAAACUUUAAAAUAUUAAGUCACGAAAAACAUAUAUUUAUAUAUUCUUUAAAAUGUUCAUUGCUUAUAAUAAAUUUGUUAGCAAAAUUGGGUGGAACUACAUAUAUAAUAAAAGAGAAAAAAAAUAUUCAUAAUGACUCUUGUGAUGAUAACAGCAACGAUGUUAAUGAUUAUAAUUAUGAUGAUGAUGACAACAACGAUGUUAAUGAUUAUAAUGAUGAUGAUGAUAACAACAACGAUGUUAAUAAUAAUAAUAAUAAUAAUAAUAAUCGAGUAGACAAAAAAAAGUAUAAAAAAAAGAAAUAUAAUAAUGAACCUAUGGAAAAAAUAGAUGUUUCUGAUCUAGUAGAAGAAAUAUUUAACGGUAAAAUAGUAAAUAUAUGUAUGCAUAUAUUAGAGAAUUUUAAAAGAAAUAGUUUAUAUAUAAAUGAUUUAAUUAUAACCUAUUUUGAACAUUUAAUAAAACAUAAAAAUAAUGAAUAUAAUUUCUUAAUAUUUUUUGAUAUCAAAUAUUUUCUUAUAUUUAAAGAUAUUAUUAAUGAUCCUGAAGCAUAUAAUAAUCCACAUUAUUAUUGGAUCCCAUGUUUCUUUGAAAAUAUUAUUGCAUGCUUUUUUAAAUUAUGGAAAAGUAAUUAUUUUAUUGUUAAUGAGCUUCUCUUUACUAAAGAUAUAAAUAAAAAUAAUUCAAAUUUAUUAAAUGAAAAAUAUUUAUUAUCUAUAUUUAGUAAUUAUAAUGAAGGGAAUGAUCCUUUUAUUUUUCAACUAUUAAAUGAAGGUAUAUAUAUAAAUGAUAUAUUUAUACAAUUAAAUAAUAAAAAAAGAUUAGAAUCUUUAGAAUGGUCUAAUGAAGAUAUAGAAAAUCUAAAAUUCUAUUUUAAACAAUUUAAACACAUGCAUAAUUUCUUACCUUUCAUUAGUGAAAUGUUAAAUAAAUCAUCAAAUGUUGUAAAAAAUCAGUUAAUCUAUUUAAAUUAUUUAGAUAAAAGGGGAAAAGUUAUAUAUGAUGAUCAAUAUGAAAGUGAUCAUAUUCUUUCAUCUUCAUCAUCUUCAUCUUCAUCAUUAUCAUCUUCAUCAUUAUCAUCAUCAUCAUUAUCUUGUGCAUCUUAUUCAUCAGAGGCACCAAAUAGUAAUAACAAAUCAAAUGAUUCUUUAAAAAUGUCUUAUCGCAAAAAGAAGAAACAACAUAAUAAUCAUCAUGAAAAUUAUCCUAUGAGAAAAACAAAACAACCGCUUCUUUAUAUAAUAUAUAAAUUAAAAAAAUUAAAUUAUAACAACAAUAAUAAUAAUAAUAAUAAUAAUACAAAAGAUCAACCAAACUUGACCGUUAAUGAAAUUAACUGUAAUGUAGAUACUGUCUUAGAAGAAAUCAACAUCAACUUAAAAUCUUUAUAUGAAUUAAAAAAAUUAUCUAAGAAUAAAAUAUUCAACAAUAAAGUGUUAGCAUUUGACAUUCCAUUAAGCAUAUCCCCUGAUCUACUUGAACAUCAUUACUUUAAAAAAUUGUUAAAACAUAUAGGGUUUCUAUAUAACCAAAAUGUUGAUGAGUGGAUAUUAAAUGAAAGUUUAGAUAUAGACAUUUUUAAAAAAACCAUAGACAAGUUUGAACAAUUAUAUAUAAUGGAUAUUGAAAAAUUGAAAAAGAAAUUAUCAUCUCAUAAAUUAAACGUUCAAACGAAUGAUCCGGGAGAAACGCAACAUGAAAGGAACCUUGAUAAUGAGGAGAAUGAUCAUGAGGAAAAUGAUAAUGAAGAGAAUGAUCAUGAGGAGAAUGAUUAUUUUACAUAUGAUCACAUAGAUGAAAGGGAUGACAAAAAAUGUGAUGAUAAUACAAAUCAAACAUAUGAUGAUAACAAAUGUGACGAAGGAAUAGAUAAGAAACAUAUGGAUGAACAAGAAUUACAUUUGCGUAACCCCUCUAUAAAAAUCAAAGGUACAUUGAAACUUUUAAAAUUAAUGUAUGAAUUUUUUAUUUCUAAUAAUGAUGAGUGUAGAUUAUUUUUUAAUAAUUUAAUAAAUACCAUUAAAGAAAAAUGUAUUAUUAUCUUUGAAAAAUUAAAAAAAUGCAAACUGGAUCAUGACAUAUUGUAUAAGGAUAAUACAUUAAAUGAAUAUAAUGAUACUACAAAUAAUUAUUAUCAUAAUACUUCCCAUCCUGUUCAAAUGUGUUUUGAAGAUUAUAAAAUAUAUUUAAGUGAUAACGAAAAAAGUAUUUUAAAAGGUAGAUGUAAACAUAAAAAUAUUCUAGAAGAACUUUUAGAAAUAUUAGGUUUGUAUAUUUCUAAUGUACCAUGUUUAAUUAUUAGCAAACAUAUAAAAGAAGAAGAAUUCUAUGAAAGAAUUACAACUAUUAAUGAUCAUAAAACUUUAAGUUUAAACGAUUUAAAUAUUAUUAUAACUACAAAAGAAAAAGAAAUCAAAGAAAAAAAAAAAAAAAAAAAAGAAGAAAGAAAACCAAGUGCACACCAAAAAUUCGCAUUUAUUAAAAGUAUAUGUGAAUAUUUAAAUUAUAAAUAUAUUAUUAGGAAUACUUACAAAAGCGAACAAAACACAAAUGAAAAUACAAACAACCAUAAUGAUAACAACAUUAUUUAUAAUAAUACAUAUUCCAAAUUGAAAGAUACAUAUUUUGGUGAUGAUAAGUUAUUAACAGCACUCUAUGAUAAGUUAAAUAUAUGGAAUAAUAGACGAAAGAAAAAAAAUGAUGACAUUGUAUUGGAGAUACCGAUCCCUCAAUUUGUUGGAUCGAUGUGUAAUAUGGGAACUUCUGAGGGAGAACAUGAACAAAAAGUUGAUGAAAGUAAGAAUAUAUAUACAAAGGAAUAUAAUAAUGAUGAAAAGUUUCUUAAGCCUCAUAUUAAUUAUCAAGACGAUACUCAAAAGAUAUACUCUUUAGUUAUACAUAUAGGAAUUUGUUUGAACGGAGAAUAUCACGAUGAAUCUAUUUUAAAAUGGAAAUGUGAACAAAUACAUAGAGAGUGGAUGAAAAUUAUGUUAAAAUUAUUUUAUAAUAUCCUUUAUGAUACUACAUAUAAUGUUAUAGGAAAAUUAUUUAAGGAAUAUAAAAAUAUUAAAGAAAUAUUAAACGACCAGUCUUCUGAUUUUUUGGAUAUGUAUAAAUCAGAUAAAAAGAAAAAAAAGAAAAAGAAAGAACUUGAUGAUGUUGAGAAAGAGGGGCAACCAGAAAUGCAAAUGGGAAAUGAUGUGUCCAUAAAUGGUGAUGAUAAUAUAAAUGGUGAUGAUAACAUAAAUGGUGAUGAUAACAUAAAUGGUGAUGAUAACAUAAAUGGUGAUGAUAGCAUAAAUGGUGAUGAUAACAUAAAUGGUGAUAAUAACAUAUAUGAUGGUAAUUACAAAAUAUCGUAUAGUAAAGAAUAUGAACAUAUUCAUAGGGAUGAAAAAAAAGAAGUAGAAAAAGAAUACCACAUAUACGACAAUAAUAAUAAUAAUAAUAAUAAUAAUAAUAAUAAUAGUAACACCGUAGCAUUUCAAAAUAGAACUCAAGGAGAAACCCCAUUUACUAACAUAAACAAUAUAACAAAUGAUAUUUGUGAAAAAGGUAAUAAAUAUACUUCAAAUGUAGAUAAUAUUAAUGAAAUGACAUGUAAUGAAUCCGUUGAAGUUAAUGAAAUAAUUCAGAAGACAAAUAAAAGAAAAUUUAAUAAUAUAGAAUUAAAAGAACAUUAUUGUUAUGAUUUAUUCAAAAAAAGAAAAUUAGAAAAUACUUAUAGAAAUACAUAUAAGAAAAAUAGAAAGAUUAUUAUUAACUGCUUAUUAACAAAUAAAAAUAUUUUUCAAUAUAAAGAACAUGAUAUUGUUAAUAAGGUCAAGCAAAUUUUUAUCAAGGCAAAACAUAUGGCAACAAAUGGGGAUCUACGAAAUAGAUGGAAGUCUCGAGAAGAUGUCAAGAAAAUUCUUUUAUUGUAA